AUGGAGUCCCUUUCGGAACACAUAAGGAACAGCGGAUCGAAGGAAAUCGUCGCGUCUGUCUUUGGGAUAUGGCUCCUGUACUGGGUAUCUUUGGCAGCGCUCACAUUCUGGUAUGAGUUUUAUUAUGAGAUUUAUCCAAACAAAUUCCAGUAUCUCUGGAAGAUCAAGAAACUGCAUGAGCGUUACGGACCCAUCAUUCGAAUAAACCCCAUCCACGUCCAUAUUUACGAUGCAGAUUACUUCGAAACUAUAUACGCGUCUGGAGCGAAUCAUAAACGAGAUCGAUGUGGCUGGUCGCAUCACGCCGGCUCGAAAACUUGGGCGGGCGCCAUGUUGGAAACAAUGGAUCACGACAUGCACAAGAUGAGAAGAAACGCCAUAUCUCCUUUCUUCAGCAAGCGCUCUGUUCAGGCUCUCGAGGGCCUCGUCGUAAACAACACUCAGAAGCUUCUUAGUCGUUUCCAAGGCGAGCUAGAGAAGAAAGGCCCCAACGCUGGCGUCGUGAAUCUUAACAACGCGAAUGCUGCCUUUACCAUGGACAUCAUCUCCGAAUACUGUUUCGGGGAGUCAAUGAAUAGCAUGGAGAAAGAGGAGUAUGGCAAAGAAUGGCUCGAUGUCUUCCACCAAGGAAUCCAGAUCCGCCCGUUGGCUAGGCAGUUCCCCACUAUCUUCAAUCUCAUGCUGGAUCUCCCGUCGCACAUAGUUGCAAAGAUGGACGCCGGAGCGGCAAAGCUUAACUCCUUCAACGAACUAAUGCUACUCAAAAUUGAACGCAUCUUGAGCCGAGAAGACGACGAGGAUAACUCGAAGAACCUGAGACGCACGGUCUUUCAUGACAUCAGGGAUGACAUUGGGGGUAAACUCCCAGAGAGUGAGAAACAUCCGAUGAGGUUGAUGAUGGACGCAAGUGUACUCCUGGGUGCGGGAACGGAGACGACGGCAAGGACGAUGGCGGUUACUACCUUUUACCUGAUCAAGAAUAUGGAGGCGGGUGAGAAGUUGAGGCAAGAGCUAAAGAAGGUGAUGCCAACAGCGGAUCAUCAGGUCUCACUACCGCAGUUGGAAGCCUUGCCAUACCUAGCCGCAGUAAUAAACGAAGGCCUCCGCUGCGCCCAUGGUGUCUCCUCCCGCCAACCCCGAAUUGCCACUGGAGAAGACCUCACAUACGCCCAAUACACCCUCCCCCGUGGAACCCCCGUCAUGCAAUCCGCAUAUCUCCUACACACUGAUCCCACCAUCUACCCCGACCCAUUCGCUUUCCGUCCAGAGCGGUGGCUCGAGAAUCCCAAAUUGACGCGCUACCUCUUCGCUUUUGGACGCGGGAGUCGGAACUGCUUGGGCAUGAAUCUGGCUACGUCUGAGCUGUAUAUUGGGCUUGCGAUGAUUUGGAGGAGGUUUCAAUUUGAUAUUUGGGAUACGGUGGAGACGAGGGAUGUGCUCACGAACCAUGAUUGUUUUCUGGGACUGCCGGAUCUGAGUAGUGAGGGGGUCAGGGUUAGGGUUAUCGGGGAGGUGGAGGGUGAUUGA